AUGGUGAAUUUGAAAUUGGAGGUCAGGGUCUUCCCAAGGCAGCAGACCACUAGCCGGAGUCGGUUUCCCACACUCAUUGCGAACGACGAGCGCGGUAUCGCAGACCCCUCACCGUGGAAGGAAUACAUUUCUUUCUGGUUACCGCUCAAGGAUCCAGAGGGUACGAGCUUCGGUGAGCUCUGUUCAAUCAUCACAGACAAGUGGAGAAGCAUCAAGCCCGAUGAAGAACCUCUGGCGAUCCAGAAAUUGGUCGACGAUGCCAAGCCCUCGGUCUUUCUGGAGCCCGAUCUGUCCGUCGCCAGCAUAUUUAUCGACGAGGGCAAAGCCCGUGCAGACGGCUAUGAUCAAUAUGGUGUUGUUCGCGUGAUCCAAACGCCUUCCCAGGGCCGCGCCCAACGAUUCGGAUCCGUGGUUCAUGACUGGGACAGCACCGCGACAGAAGCGAAGCGGAGACUGUCUCAGAAGAUGGAAGCCGUCAGCAAACAAAUUUCUCCGAUUGAAGAAGAAAACGACUCUAUGGAAGACGACUCCGUCAAGCGCCAACAUUGCAAUUUUUCACUCUCCUCCAUCGAAGAUGCCGCGAUCCCUGGAACUCCUCCUUUUGAUCACCAAGGCAGCGAAGAGCUCGGCGGUGACUCUCCAGGGGCACAGGAAUCACACCCAGAGUUACACCCCCGCAAACGAAAGCAAAGUUCGGAGCUGGAUAUGCCUGUCAAAGAGCCUCGACUGGGAAAUAACUCACGAGCCCAACCCGCACCCGAGAUGUCGGCCACCUCUACCUUUUCCACGAGUCCAGCACGACACCCACAAAUUUCAUCAUUUGCCAGUCCUCGACAACGGAGACCUGGUGUCCAAACCCCUUCUAGCCCCUUGAAGCGGGGUCUAGGGGUUGCUAUCACCAAAAGUCCUUCAGCGAUGCUCCACCCCGAGUCUAGUCAGAUUUCUUCCAAUGGCCUCCCUUUGCCUAGCAGUGCGCCUUCUCCAUCCUUGAACCGUGGCUCUGUGAUGGAAAGAUCGCAACCUUUACAGUCGUCCGCUUUACGCAAGAACCAUUCUCGUCACAACGACAACCGCCAGCCUGUUUCAUUCGUCGAGGCGGAUCCUUCUGCUAGAAGAAAUGAUGCAACGGCGACUCCUCAGAACAUUGCAAACAAUAUUUCUAUGUUAUCUGCCACACCAUCGAGCAGUCAAAUCGUCUACCCGUCUACAUUCACAGCCGAGAGGAUUCAAAGGAUGAAGGACGACGCGGAGAAGAAGUUCGGCUCUCCUGGUGAAGAUCGAGAUCAGAAGGAAGACAACGAGGCCAAGAGACAGGCCGAAAAGAAACGAAAGAAUAAGAAUGAGGUUCAAAAUCAAAAAGGCCUGAAGGCUGAAAGGAGCCAAGAUCUGGCAAGCUCCGGGCAGAAAGACGCUGAGGAAGCUCGGAAAAUUCGGGAUAAAUUGCAAGAUCUCGAUGCUGACUCGCCAGCCCGGCAGAUCUUGGUCAAGCUAUUGGAUAACUAUGGCAUACUUGCGAAAGCAACCGCUACGAAAAGCUCUAGUGAAAGAAGGAAUUGCCUUAAGAGGGUCCGGCGCCUCGAAAACAAGUUGAGGCACUUGGAAAAUACAAGCACUCCUCCGACAGAGCACCCUUUACCUCAGUCAGCUUCAAAGGUGACGCGGUCGAUUCCAACUACAGCCCCUCUGACAUCCCAAGACAAUGAUACAACCCCAUCUGCCAAAACCCGAUCCUAUACCCAUUCAACGCCUGUGCCGUCUGUCGUGAUUCCGGUUGCAUCUCCUGGCAAAAAGAUGUCGGAUGUCAAUACUGGACCCGACUCUUCUGACAUACCCGCCAAAAGUCCAGGGCAGGAAGUGAUUGUUGCAUCCAGUUCAUCGUCUGACUAUGCAGAUGCCCAUCAAAAUGCAGACGAUGAGCAAGGCAGAAACGGAGAAGAACAAGAUGAGUCUGGCGCGGAACAAGAGGCCCAACGGCAAGUGCAGGCUGAAAUGCAGCUCAGCGGUUCUGGAGAGUACUCCUCUGAAGAAUCCGAGGCCCAGGAGGCCCAGCAGCAAGUUCAGACUGAAAUGCAGCUCGGUGGCUCUGGAGAAUACUCUGCGAGAGGAUCUGAUGAAGAAUCUGAGGAACAAUCCGAGGAAGAAGCCGGGGAUGAUGCUCCGAGAAAUACCACAGACGUGUUUAUAGAUGGCGAGGCUGAAUCGGAGUCCGAGUCUGAGUCUGAGUCUGAGUCUGAUGAUUCCGUGAAAGGGCCGAACUCUAAGUAA